AACUUUCACUGUCAGUCAGUUGUCAUCUGCGAAGCACCGCGAAUCGAUGUUGAAUUGAUUGUUUUUUGUGAAAAGCCUCGUAUUUGGAUGAUGAAAGCAAAAAGCGCAGCCCUUAAUGACUGCACGCGAACGGGCGAUACAAUAGUGAAUUAAAAACAUUGCAUUUACCUACUAUGACUACCCCGGAGGUGGAAAGUCGGAACGUCGCUAUAUCGAUGCGCAAAUCAGUGGAGAACCUAGUGAUGUCCUCUCAAGAUGCCAUAGGGCAGAGCAUCAGCCACGCACUCACCUUCUCGGGGGUCAUCACGCAGCCCAACCAGGUCAUACAGGAGAACAAAAGUUCCUCCCGAUCGCCCUCCCCGUCGCUCAGGCACACGGAGGGAGCGUUGGACAUCACAGACAAUGAUAAAAGGAGCGACAAAAGCGACUCAUCGUUGCAAGGUUCGUCGUUGCCGGAGGUCCCGAUCGGCAUCGACGUAGUUAACUUCCAAAGCAAAGAUGGCUAUAAAAUGGCAGCGCCGAGCGCGGCGCGGGGCGGCGAGGCGGCGCGCGUGAAGAAGAAGAGCUGGUACAACUCGCUGUACCCCACGUACAAGAGCAAGUGCGAGGACUUCCGCCGCCUCUUCAAGGACCUGCCCGACGACGAGCGCCUCAUAGUCGACUAUUCCUGCGCGCUGCAGCGGGACAUCCUGGCGCACGGGCGUCUGUACGUGUCGCAGAACUACCUGUGCUUCUACGCCAACAUCUUCGGCUGGGAGACCAGCCUCAUGCUGCAGUGGAAGGACGUCACCGCCAUCACUAAGGAGAAGACUGCGUUGGUGAUCCCGAACGCGAUCCUCGUGUGCACUUUGAGCGAGAAGAACUUCCUCACGUCGUUCUCGGGCCGCGACAAGGCCUACCUGAUGCUGUUCCGCAUCUGGCAGAACGCGCUCAUGGACCAGCCCAUGUCCAGCCAGGAGAUCUGGCAGUGGGUUCACACGUGCUACGGCGAGGAGCUGGGCUUCGACUCUGACGAGGAGAGCGGCGCGCCCGACGGAGCGCCCGACUCGCUGCCCAUCGACGGGGCUUCGCUGCAGGACGGCUCGGAGGAGGCCGUGGACUCUUCGUCUAUGGAGGCCGGCGGGGGCGGCGGCGGGGGAGGGGAGUAUCGCUCGGCCAGCCGCAACAACACCACGCCGCCGCUCAUCACCAACGGCGAGGCGGCAGCGGCGAGCCGCGCGCGCGCCGACGAGGCGGCCGACGCGCUGCCCACCGACAUGUCCGACACCAGCGAGAGCGAGCCCGACAAGCACCACAACGCGCCGGUGGAUGAGAAGUGCGCGGCGCCGCACGAGGGCAAGCUGUUUCUCAGCCAGGAGUACCCCUUCAACAUCGACCAGCUGUUCACCAUGAUCUUCACCAACUCUAAGUUCAACCUGGAGCUGCUGGCGGCGCGCGGCACCACCGACUACGUGCAGGCGCCGUGGCAGCCGCAGAACGGGCUCAAGUGCCGGCAAGUGAGCUACACGCUGGGCCUCACGUCGGGGCCCAUGGGCCCUAAGGAGGUGCACGUCACUGAGACGCAGGUGAUGAACAAGUGCAGCAAGGCGGGCGCGCUGUACUCCAUCGACUGCACCAGCGAGAACGCCGGCAUCCCGUACGCGGACUACUUCAGCGUGCAGGCGCACUACUGCCUGGCGCGCCGCGGCGAGCGCACCGUUCUGGCGCUCUACGGACACGUCAAGUACAAGAAGACCAUGUGGCCGCUCGUCAAAGCGUUCCUAGAGAAGAGUGCGAUGGGCGGCAUGGAGGAGUUCGCGCGGCUGCUGGACGCGCGCCUGCGAGCCGCCGCGCGCCCCGCGCCGCCGCCAGCCGCGCGCCCGCGCCGCCGCCGCCGCAGAGAUGUAUCGCCGCUGGGAGGCGUAGCAGCCGCAUCGGCCGUGCUGCCGACGACCACGGUGCUGGCGCCGCGGCUGCCGGCGCCGCCGCCCAGCCGCUCCACGGCGUGGCUGGCGCUGGCGCUGCUGCUGCUGCUGGCGCUCAACGCGCUGCUGUACUGGCGGCUGUACCGCGCCGAGAGCGCGCGCCUGGACCUGGACAACCUGCACAACAGGAUGAGCACGCUGAGCGAGGCGCAGGCGGCAGAGUGGGCGCGCGCGCUGGAGCGCCACUCGCACCGCCAGCGCGGCCAGCUGCUGGCGUGGCGGGACGCGCUCGACCGCACCGUGACCCACCUCGUGCAGACUGAGCAGGCACUGACGAAGCUUCUAGAAACAAUAAAGCCGGCGCUAGAGAAGGCGGAGCAAGAAGCGGAGCCGAGGGACGACCUCUGAAGUGUGACAUCGGCCCACGCGUGGGCCAUGUUCCUGUGAUUUGUGGGCACUAACAACGUACUCUAUUGGCUAUGUAACUUAAUUUAAGGAGGCCACGUGACGGGCCGCACAUUUACUUUAACGUUUUCAACUGUCAACUGUUUGAAAUUGAACAAGACAAGUUAAAUCAAUUGUAAAGGCUUCUGAAGCAACUGUAUUCGAAGUGGGAUUUUUCAGAUAAUUAGUUCUGUCGCUUUCAGAAAACCACUGUAAGAGUUUGAUAGGUAAUGAGGUUUUCCAUAGAAGAUUAUACCGCAGAGUACUUUUUGUAAUUCUUGCAGUGUAAAACAUGCUAAUAUCUAAAAGGCUUUGCCGACUAUAAAUUCAGAAAGACACCAAGUUACUAAAUAACCCAAAAGGCUGUAAUGCAAGCUUGAGUACUUAUUGAAUAGUUAGUCAUUGCCAGGAAGUGACCCUAAUGAAAUAUAUAUAUUGCUAUAUCUACAACACUGUGAUGUUGUUAUGUGUUAUAAAAAAAACAAAUAUAUAUACGACAUUACAUUUGCACACAUAAUAUGAACAGAAAUAACCAUUGAAUAAUUUGUAAUAACCAAUUUGGUUAUGUGUACAAAUAUCAGAUACAUGUUUACAUUCCUAAUGAUUUGGUAACAAAUCCAAAAGUACUUAAGUACUAUAUUUUUAAGGAUUUUUGUUAAAUAAAUAAACAAUCCCGGCUUUUAACCUAAAUAAGCUGCACUAUAGAUAAAUAAGACCGUUUAUAACUGAAAGUUCUGUCUUUAAAAUGUAUUUUGUAGGGCUGAGAAAUUAUUAAAAAUGUCAGGUAAACGCAUUAGCAGUGGACACAUCUGAUGAGUGAUCUUUAGUUGUAAAAUUGUAGAAAUCAAAGCAUUUAAUAAGUUAAAGUGAUAAAAUCAGUAGAUAAACAUAUAAUAGAUGCAAUUGCUUGAAUAUAUUAGGUGUCUAAAGCAUUUGUAGUAGUUUUGGUGUACCCUUUGUUAUUUAUCAACUAAACAUCAAAAUUACGUCAUCAUCACAUGUCCGAUAUAUGCCUGUCUUUUGAAAAAAAUAGUAGAGAAGCAGUUUAUGCAAUCAUUUACCUAUAAACUCUACAUAGAUACCUUCUUAAUAUAAUCAAAAUAUGUGCACAUUUUUUUUAUAACAAAGACCUCAAAACGCUUUAUUUCAAAAACCAAUGAACCAAUUUACGAGCUAAAACCAAUGAUGUUAAAUACUGUUAGAUAUGUUACUAGAUCUACUAGGAGCUCAAAAGAGGAAAUUUCCACAUCUAGUAGUUGUAGUCAACAACGAACGUUAUAUAAACAAUAAUACCUAUAUAUCGUCUACAAUGUCGAGUUGUGUGUUCUGGAAGUAUAAAAACUAUAUAUAAAUAAAUUAAUAAAUAAUGGAAUUUAAGACAAAAUUGUGCAUGUAUGCGCUAAGUUUUGAAGCCAAUUAUUCGGAUCACUUUUUGCGGUGAUUUUGUAGAGACGUAACCGAUCUAUAGUAUAAAAUUAUCAUUAGCUAAAUCAUCAUAUUAUAUAUCUACUACUUUAACGUGAUUCACAUUUUCAGUAAAGGGCAAAUUAUUUUAUAAUCCGUUGCAGUUAUAUUGGCGAUAUGUACUUACAUUAGUAAGCAUUGAGAUGUUAUUACAUUACACCGCCCUGCAAGAGUUUCUGAAUGGUGUACGUUAGAUUAUUCUAACUAAUCUAGUUAUAAUUAUUAUUGAUUGAUAUUGCUUCUACUGUAGUGUAAAAAGGAUUUUGAUCUGUUGUUUGACACAUAAUAUCUCUAAAAGCGAUAACAUCUCAAUGGGUAUCCGAAUAAAUAUUAUUUCUGUAAAAAAUACUACUUUAAAGAAGUACCUGUAUGAGGCUCGAUGAGUAAAGAUGUGUUGGUGUCCAUUUUGAAUAUACGUAAAUGGAAACGCAUUUAUAAAUUAAUUUGUAUUAUACCUAUAGGCAGGUCCUGAAACAGUUGUGAGCGAAAAAAAUAAGUGUAAUAAUUUGUCUAUGGUUAGUAAUUUUUUUCAAUCAAUGCUUGGCUAUGAUCUCGUAUUAAAUACAGCCAAAUCAAAGCUUCGGUUGUAAGAGAUUGUUAACUUUUAUUUCUAUAACUAUGAAGGGAAUUUAUGUGAUGAAGAAUAAUAGCCAACUUGGGCUCGUUUCUUUUACAUACAAUUUUGUAUUUAUAUUUAAAUUAUUUUUUCAUUCAUCAUUAUUGAAUUGAUGAAAGUCAUUAAUCGGCUCCUCAAAUAUUAAGUAUCCAUUAAUUACCCUUAUAAAUGUUUUCCUUUAGACGUAAGUAAUUCAAUUAUGGAUUAACUUGAUGAAUUUAUUGCACUAGAUAAUGAAUUAUGAAAUGUUAAAUCGAAUUGUAAUUUAAAAAAAUAUUGAGUGUUAAAUAAAUGUUAUCAGAAGAAAAAAAUAAAUUAUAUUUGAAAAAUAUUAACUAUAAGAUUUAAAUAAUUAAGUUCGUUUAGAUUUAUUUUUUUGAAGUAUAAAAUAUUGGUGCUGUUUAUUUAAAAGUAAAAUCUAAUUUCAGUUUUUUGAAAACUCGUGCGUUUGUAUCAUAAGUAUUAGUUAUUUAUUAGUUUUUGUACAAAGUUUGGUUAGUUAUACUGUGAAAUAACUAUUUAAUUAUAAUGUAAAUUUAAAAUGAUUUAUUAUUCUUUUGUAAAUAUUUUUAAGUAAUUAUUAUGUAUUUGAUUCAUUCCUUAAGUAGGUAAGAAAUAUAGUAUUUUUAUCAUUGGUGGAUCAGAUGUUCCGACAUAUACAAGUACGCUAACUAGCCUACCUAGUUAGUCAGAGUUUUUUAGAAUGUCAGUUUGAAUCUGUCCAUGGCAAGUGUUUUUGGUAAACAGGUUUCGAUGUCACACGCCUCUCCCUUUGUCACUUAAAAUAAUUUAACAGUCCGAUUCUGUUGUGCCAACGUUACUUUAGAUAUUAUGUACCUAAUCCUUCUACUACACCCAAAGCCUAGACGUUUUUCGAAAUACAAAGAAUUAUACCUACCUAUAUACUUAGGUAGUUACAAAAAAUAUACAUACUUCAGUUGGAAUUGUGUGUGAAAUAAAAAUUUUGUAAAUGAAGAAAAAAAAAGAUCUUUUUUAAUGUGAGUGAAUACUAAUUGUAUGCAAAUAUGUACAUAUUUUUAACAUCUGAUCCGGUAAUGAGAAAAAGCUAUUUUGGGUGUUUGGAAAUUAUAAUUGUACUCGGAUUAAAGGAAAAAGAUGGACGACGUACUGCUAAAAUCUUUGUGAAAAUACUACUACUAUAUUUUAUUUAUCCAUGCUGUUAUAAAAUAUCUAUAGGCAUUCCACACUAAUAUUAUAAAUGCAAAAAUUCAUCUGUCUAUUACCAUUGCAGGGUUAUGACGUGCAUGCUGAACCGAUUUUGAUGAAUUUCGAUUGAAAUAAAUUUAACCGCCGAACAUAGGCUACUAUUCUCCAGAAAAAAAUACGAUUCUCGUGAGAUUUGUGAAGUUUAUAGUUACCCACCUCAUAUAACACUUGUCUGUGUUCGUGAAGUCCCACGCCUAAUCUCCCUCCGGUCAUGUCUGUCUUUCUCAACGAAUUGCUGUGAUUUUUUUAAGUGGAGAUAGUUGAAUGGAUGGAGAGUGACAUAGUCUACUUUUUGUCUUCCUAACCCCCUCACUUCCCUAAAAUGGAGGGUGGAAGUUUGUAUUUUGCAGGGUAGGGGUAGGAAUAAGCGCACAUAAAUCAAAGCGAAAUUUGACCGGGUCCGCUAAUAAAACUAUAACGCAACGAGUCGAACUUAAGAUCUCUUUGUUAAUUAUAGUUUACCACCUUACCAGGCCAAUGUAAAUGUAGCUAACUUACGUCAAGUUAGUGAAAGAGUCUUGAAGACACUUGUGUCACUAAGUUGUAGCUUUUUGUGAUUCGUCUCAUCUUAUUCCUUUAGUCUGAAAUUCCUAUUAGUUUAGUGCGCGUGUGGAUCGAGUGAGAUCUUGCCAAAGUGUGUGAUGCUGGUGGCAGAGGGACAGUAGUGCACAAACCCUGUUAGACAAUUCAACCGAGAUAUUAUACCUAAGUUAGACAAUUCUAUUUCUCAGUAUUGAAUAAAUAUUUUAAUGUAUAAAA